AUGCCAUUCACCUUUGUGCGUCGUGGCGAGGGCACCUCGCGCUACGACAAGGGCGGGCUGGCCGUGGCCCGGCGAGCUUCGCUGGAGAAGCAAGCCGCUCGAGAGAAGGCGAUCGGCGGCGGCGGCGCGAGGCCUGGUUCUCAGCCCCGGCGCAGGCAUCGAGAGCCCAGUUUCCCGCCAAACUCUCCCGUCCGGCGGGCAGAGGCGAGGCCGGACGACUUUGAGGCGAUCGAGUCAUCUCUGCUUUCGCCGGUGCUGCCGGCUCGCGAUGUCGACGCCUUCAGUGACGGCUCUGCGCCGCCAACGCUGGAGCUUGCGUCGGCACAGGGCGAGCGGCUCUCAGCGCGCGUGUUGGAGACUCUGCAGACCGAGUGCACCGCGGGACCUGCCGAGGGAUCGGGAGAGCCUCCUCCACCUCCGCCGCCCGCGCCGAGCGGCACUCGUCCUGCAGAGGGCGCGACGACCAAGGACGCCGGGCCGCCGCCCCAGUCGACCCUCGUGGCGGCGCUGUUUGGCGCGGGUAAGCUCGGAGGCGGCUCUGGAGGAGGGGGGGGGGGGAGGCACGCUGCGGCGCUUCGGACGAGGGUUGCGGAGCUGCAGGCAGCGCUGCGGCUCGCGCAGCAGUCAGGGUCCGCUUCGCUGCGGGCGGAGCAGCAGCGGCAGGCGGAGGAGGCGCGCGAGACGGCGCGGCUCGUGCGCGAGAGGAGGGUCCUCGAGCGGCAGGCAAAGGCGCUGCUCAAGGAGCGAGAGGAGGUGGAGGCGCUGCGCAGGGAGCUCGAGGCCGCGCGAGCCGACGGCAAGGCAAAGGAAUCUCGCUGGCGCCUCGCGGCCGAGCGGCUGCACAGGCAGGUGGCGUCCUCCCAGGCGGAGGUUGGCGAGCUUAAGGAAGAGGUGCGUAUCCUCGAGCGAGCCCGCCUCGGCACCGCCUGGCUGCCCGGUCCGAGCCAGACGUGGGUGCUGUACGCGACGGGCACGCGCAAGGACGUGCUGCCGAGCGGGCUGCAGACGGUCUUCUUUUGCAACGGCGACGUCAAGCAGACGGCGACUUCGCGGCGCGUCGUCUACUACCACGCAGAGGCAGAGACCACGCACGUCUCGGAGCCCGACGGCACGCAGCUCUACCACUUCCCGAACGGCCAGGUGGAGCGCCACUUUGCUGACGGCCUCAAGGAGAUUGUCUUUGCGGACGGCUCGCUCAAGGUCAUCCUGCCGAGCGGCGAGGUGCACGAGCAAGUGGGCGCGGCGGGGCCCCUCGGGGUCUGA